AUGAUAAUUGUCAAAGAUCGAAUCCAUCCAGAAAGGCGGAUUUUCGAGUUUCGUGUACACAUAAAUUUACACAUAUUUACUUGUGAUUUCACAAUCUAUCUAUCUAUCUAUCUAUCUAUCUAUCUAUCUAUCUAUCUAUCUUAUUAUCUAUCUAUCUAUCUAUCUAUCUAUCUAUCUAUCUAUCUAUCUAUCAAUCUAUCUAUCUAUUACCUUCGAGGGAGUGCUCUUUCAUAUUCUCAAGUCGUCGUAUCUCUCUCUCUCUCUCUCUCUCUCUCUAUCUCUCUAUCUAUCUAUCUAUCUAUCUAUGUAGCCAGUUUAAUCUGUUCAUAUCGCUUUAAUUUUGUUACUAAGCAUGUAUGUAUGUACCCAUGCAUGCAUGCAUAUAUCUAUCUAUCUAUCUAUCUAUCUAUCUAUCUCAUAAAGAUUAUCUAUCUAUCUAUCUAUCUCAUAAAGAUUAUCUAUCUAUCUAUCUAUCUAUCUAUCUAUCUAUCUAUCUAUCUAUCUAUCUAUCUAUCUAUCUAUCUAUCUAUCUAUCACUUUUGA